AUGUAUAAUUACUCCAAACACUUGCAAAUUGGGUUUAAUUCUCCCUCCAGGUGCUGUUCCUACGUGGGGCGCAGAGGCGGAGGUCCUCAGGCCAUCUCCGUUGGGAAAAACUGUGACAAAUUUGGGAUUGUGGUCCACGAACUGGGCCACGUCAUUGGCUUCUGGCACGAGCACACCCGCCCCGACCGAGACGACCAUGUCUCCAUUUACCGGGAAAACAUCCAACCAGGACAGGAGUACAACUUCCUGAAGAUGGAGCGUGAAGAUGUGGACUCUUUGGCCGAGAUCUACGAUUUCGACAGCAUCAUGCACUACGCCAGGAACACCUUCUCCAAGGGGAUCUUCCUCGACACCAUCCUUCCCAAAUACAAUGUGAACGGAGUGCAGCCUUCCAUUGGCCAGCGAAACCAACUCAGCAAGGGAGACAUCGCUCAAGCACGCAAGCUCUAUAAAUGCCCUGCCUGCGGAGAGACGCUGCAGGACAGCCAAGGGAACUUCUCCUCUCCUGAUUUCCCCAGUGGAUAUUCGGCACACAUGCACUGCAUCUGGAGAAUAUCCGUCACGCCAGGGGAAAAGAUCAUUCUGAACUUUACAUCCCUGGAUGUGUACCGGAGUCGGCUCUGCUGGUAUGACUACGUGGAGGUGAGAGACGGGUUCUGGAAGAAGUCACCUCUGAGAGGUAGGUUCUGCGGAAAUAAAAUCCCAGAACCCAUCCACUCCACCGACAGCCGCCUCUGGAUUGAAUUCCGCAGCAGCAGCAACUGGAUUGGCCGGGGCUUCUUUGCCACUUACGAAGCCAUCUGUGGAGGAGAGGUGAAGAAAGACAACGGGCACAUCCAGUCUCCCAACUAUCCAGACGACUACCGGCCCAAUAAAUUGUGCAUCUGGAAGGUUACUGUCUCUGAAGGAUACCACGUGGGCCUCUCCUUCCUAUCCUUUGAGAUCGAGCGCCACGACAGCUGCGCUUACGACAACCUGGAGAUCCGGGAUGGGGGCACAGAGUCCGGCACCCUGAUUGGAAGGUACUGUGGUUACGACAAGCCCGACGACAUCAAGAGCACCUCCAACAAGUUGUGGAUGAAGUUUGUGUCCGACGGGUCCAUCAACAAAGCCGGCUUUGCAGUCAACUUCUUCAAAGAAGUGGAUGAGUGCUCCAGACCAAACAACGGCGGGUGUGAGCAACGUUGUGUGAAUACGCUGGGCAGCUACAAGUGCGCCUGCGACCCCGGCUAUGAACUGGCUCCGGACAAACGCAGAUGUGAAGCUGCCUGUGGUGGGUUCCUCACCAAGCUCAACGGCUCCAUCACCAGCCCUGGGUGGCCAAAGGAAUACCCACCCAACAAGAACUGCAUCUGGCAGCUCGUUGCACCCACCCAGUACCGCAUAUCGCUGCAGUUUGACUUCUUUGAGACGGAGGGCAAUGACGUGUGCAAAUACGACUUUGUGGAAGUGCGUAGCGGCCUCAACGCCGAGGCCAAAUUGCACGGCAAAUUCUGUGGGACGGACGCGCCUGACGUAAUCACCUCCCAGUACAACAACAUGCGCAUUGAGUUCAAGUCGGACAACACUGUCUCCAAGAAGGGCUUCAAAGCACACUUCUUCUCAGACAAAGACGAAUGCUCCAAGGAUAACGGCGGAUGUCAACACGAGUGCCUGAACACCUUCGGCAGCUACGAGUGCCAAUGCCGCAGUGGCUUUGUGCUACACGACAACAAGCACGACUGCAAAGAAGCUGGCUGUGAUCACAAGAUGACCUCCAUCAGUGGUACCAUCACCACCCCAAAUUGGCCGGAUAAAUACCCAAGCAAGAAGGAGUGCAGCUGGGCAAUAACAACGACACCCGGACACCGCGUCAAACUGACCAUCCGGGAGUUGGAUAUCGAAGGACACCAAGAAUGCACUUACGACCACCUGGAGAUCUAUAAUGGGAAAGAUGCCAAAGCGCCCGUCUUGGGUCGAUUCUGUGGCUCCAAGAAGCCAGACCCCAUCAUCUCUUCCAGCAACAGGAUGUUCCUCAAGUUCUUCUCAGAUAACUCCGUCCAAAAGAAAGGCUUUGAGGCAACCUAUACGUCAGGUAACACUCCCCCUUAGCUCAUGCCUACCUUU